AUGGGUUACGUGACCUAUAUUGAUGAAUGCCUCGACAAUGUCUGUGGUGAUCAUGGGACCUGCAACAACAACCCAGGAAGUUAUGCGUGUGCAUGUCACAAGGGCUACCACAUUGUACCCGAUGCCACUCCUAUUUGCCAAGAUAUCGACGAGUGCUUCAACUCAACCGUCUGUGGUCCUGAUUCUAUUUGCACCAACACACCUGGAGCUCACACCUGUGCAUGUCAGCUGGGCUACACACAAACUCAACCAGCCGAAGAACCCAGCGAGAACAACAUCUGUAUAGAUGUUGAUGAGUGUGUUGAAGAUGCUACUGUCUGUGGACCGAAUUCCAACUGCACAAAUUCAAUUGGAUCUUACAUUUGCACCUGCUUCCCUGGUUAUCGGCUGAACAAGCCAGACGUUAUAGCCAGCAUGGCUAACCCAUGCACAGACAUAGACGAGUGCAGUGAGACUCCUGGUUUAUGUGGUAAACAAACCGUGUGCACUAAUGCACCAGGGACCUUCUACUGUUCUUGUCCCGAUGGAUUCUUCCCUUCAACUGGGAUCAUGUGGGAAAUGGGGGUCUCAUUUUGUCAAAGUAUUCAAGAUAUUCUAGAUGAAAUAGUACCACCAGAGGGUCAGACAAAAGAGAGAGCUUUCCUUGGCAACAUGGAUCAGCAACUUAAGGACAACAUAGGUGUCGUCUUACCAGAUGUGACAGUGGCAAACAGCUUUUCUGCAUCUAUGGAAGUGUCAGGCGUCGGACCACAGGCCAGGUCAAUCAGCGUGAGUAGUGAAGGAGACGGGGAGACUGGCAAUGUGAUCCUGGGCAUCUCAGAACGUCUAGUUACUGCGAUGGUGCCAACAACAUUGAACAAAACCAAAAAAGCAUUGCAGACUUCAAUUGUGGGGAGUCAUGAUAUGGACAGUGACUCCCUUUCUGCAAGAGGACAGACAAUGGAAAUCAACCUGCAGGCGCUAGCCAGUGCCAACAAUGGUUCUGCAGCAGCUGCCUUUUUGACACUAAAUGGGAUGGAGAGCCUUCUUAGCCAUCAAUACUUUCAAACAGUGAACAAGACAGAGAUGUACUCGGAUGUUUUCACUGCGAUCUUGCCGUCAAUGAACAACACCAACCUCACCGAGCCUGUCAACUUUACCAUCCAACAUAAGAAGAAAGUACCUCAGUCAGGAAUAGUGACGUGUGUGUACUGGGAAGACAAAAGCAAGAACAAAGAAGGGGGACAAACAGGAGUGAUGCGUUGGUCAGUAGAGGGCUGUUGGGUUUCAUACUCUAAUGAAAACUACACAGUGUGCAGCUGCUCUCACCUUUCGACUUUUGCCCUCAUCAUGCAGAUCGGGGAGCCUCCACCAGAGGACCCCUUCCUCGAGUGGCUCAACCGAAUGUGCGUGAUUGUCGGGCUGUUCUUCUUUGCUCUGGCCAUCUUCACCUUCCUCCUGUGUAGCUGGAACCCCAAGAUCAACAACACAGCCCGUCUUCACCUGUGCCUCAACCUCGCCUUAUCUCACCUGCUGCUGCUGUGGAAUGACAGAUAUAUUGCACAUGAGCUGUCCUGCACCGUCAUGGCAGGCCUUCUCCACUUCUUAGUUGUUGCAAGUUUUGUGUGGAUGCUGCUGGAGGCGCUACAGCUCCACCUGCUGGUCCGGAGGCUCUCCAAGGUGCAGGUGAUCCAGAGAGAUGGCCUCCCCAGGCCAUUUCUCUACCUGAUUGGCUAUGGUGUUCCUUUUGUGAUUGUGGGUAUUUCUGCACUGGUGUAUUCUGAUGGAUACGGUGCUACUGAGGCCGGGGUAUGCUGGCUCUCAACACAGCGCAGUUUCAACUGGGCUUUGACCGGUCCUGUGAUUGUUAUCCUCGGUCUUAAUUGGAUAUUGUUCUGUGCAACUCUGUGGAGUCUCAGGCCCACCCUGGCCAACAUGAAAAGUGAUGUUUCUCAAUCCAAAGACACCAGGUUGAUUGUGUUCAAGAUCGUGGCCCAGUUUGUCAUACUGGGCUGUACCUGGAUUCUGGGCCUGUACCAGACAAAUCUUUUCUUUCAGUUGCUCUUCAUUUUACUCAACUCCCAGCAAGGCACCUUCCUUUUCAUCGUCCACUGCCUGCUCAAUAAGGAGGUGCGAGAGGAGUACAUUAGAUGGCUCACAUGCUCUUGUGGAAAAGACAGAUCUGUGAAAGAUGCACCUUCAGUGUCUGAGGAUUUGGAAAAGCCUGAGGAACAGACAGAUGAGGGCCAAAAGGAUGAUGAUUAAUCCCAAUGAAGUGAACAGAAAAAAAACAAGAAGAAAGACAGAACAGAGACACAAUUA